UGUGAAUAAAACCAAAACCUGUUUCUUCUUGUUGUCUUCUCAUACAAAUCUCACUUCAGUAGAAGGAGACAACUCCAACUGCAUACUUAAUUAAACCCAAUGCUACCUGCUUCCAAUUAAUCUAACCAAAUACUACCAAACCAUGCCUCCUUCUUCUUCUUUUUCUACUUCCAAAUCUCCAUCGACAAAAACUUCCAUCAUUUUCACAUUUGUUUCUAUCCUACUUCUGUUUGUCCCUUCAGUCGUGUCGCUACCCAAGAACGAAACCGCAUUCAGACCAAUGCAAGAGUUAAAGAAGCUCAAAAGGAUCAGAACCCAUCUCAAGAAGAUCAAUAAGCCAUCAAUCAAGACCAUUCAGAGUCCUGAUGGAGACUUGAUAGAUUGUGUUCUUUCUCAUCUUCAACCAGCAUUUGAUCAUCCUAAGCUCAAAGGACAGAAGCUAUUGGAACCACCAUUGGAGAGGCCAAAUGGGCAUAACUCCAGUGAUGAAACCAUUGAGACCUUCCAACUCUGGGCACAAUCCAACGAAUUCUGCCCAGAAGGCACAAUUCCCAUCAGAAGAACUACAGAAAAAGAUGUUCUACGCGCAAGUUCUCUCCAACGAUUCGGAAGAAAGAUCCGAGGGCGUGUUAGACACGACACGACGAGCGGGGGUCAUGAACAUGCAGUUGCUUUUGUGAAUGGAGAUCAAUACUACGGAGCUAAGGCGAGUAUAAACGUAUGGACACCUAUGGUUACAGAUCCAUAUGAAUUCAGUUUGUCACAAUUAUGGGUUAUCUCUGGUUCGUUUGGCAAUGAUCUGAAUACUGUAGAAGCUGGUUGGCAGGUAAGCCCAGAACUAUAUGGAGAUGGUUAUCCUAGAUUUUUCACUUACUGGACGACUGAUGCAUACCAAGCCACAGGAUGCUACAACUUACUGUGUUCGGGAUUUGUUCAAACAAACAACAGGAUCGCUAUAGGUGCGGCGGUCUCUCCGAGGUCAUCGUACAAGGGUAAACAGUUCGAUAUCGGCAUCAUGAUAUGGAAGGACCCUAAACAUGGACACUGGUGGCUGCAAUUCGGAUCAGGACUGCUCAUCGGCUAUUGGCCAUCGUUCUUGUUCAGCCAUCUACAAAGACAUGCAAGUAUGAUCCAGUUUGGAGGGGAGAUAGUGAACUCAAGAUCAAGGGGAUAUCACACUUCAACACAGAUGGGCAGUGGUCAUUUUGCAGAUGAAGGGUUUGGGAAAGCUUCGUAUUUUCGAAACUUGAAGGUCGUCGAUUGGGACAACAGCUUGCUUCCUCUAACAAACCUCCAUCUCUUGGCUGAUCACCCAAACUGUUAUGAUAUCAAAGCAGGCAAAAACAAUGUCUGGGGGAAUUACAUCUACUAUGGAGGUCCUGGAAAGAAUGGAAGGUGUCAAUGAAGAAAACCACUUUGCUCUAUAAAUUC